AUGCGUAUCCCGAUCAUAUCUUUGUCAUUGCUCACUCUGGCAUAUGCCUAUCCGGCUCCUCUGCCCACUCCCACAGAUACUGCCCUAGCUACGGAGGGAUUGACGAACUCUGAAAGACUAGCUAAGGGAUUACCACUGAAUAAACCGAAGUUGCUAUUUGAUCCAACGAGAAUCAAGACUAUAUUACCUAGGCAAUCAAGUUUGACCCCUCCUGUUCAAGAAAAUAACCCUUCCAACGUAAUUACAAGUGCACCUUCAACCAGUUCCAGUUCGUCGUCGUCAUCAUCAUCGUCAGGAUCAGUAGAUCCUUCGGUAUCAUUAUCGAUUUCAGGAUCUUCAUCCAUCAAUUCAAGUGAGAGUGCAAGUGCGAGUAUCAGUGCUAGCUCUACAUCUUCAAGUACUUCCUCCUCAGCUUCAGCCUCAACGUCGGAAUCCUCUUCACCAACGCUAAAACCGUCGAACCCUAUUGAAGCGGGACCAGUGGUGACUCAAGCAGUCCGAGCGAGCUACUACGAUGCAAGUGCUCAUACGAAACGAGAUGGGGCGAGUAAUGGUGAUUUAGGCUAUUUGUGGGGUCAAUAUGCAGGCGGUGGUGUAUGGGCUUUGACCGACGAUUCGAAUCUCGCUGCCAAAUUCGUUUUCCAACAAGACGCCUUUGGAUCCAACAACAAUAUCCUAAUCAACGAUACAUUCUACGACCCGCAAUAUGAUUCACCCCAUUUAGGGGCCUCAUGGGAGAAUUGGUCGGCGUACAUGAAUUAUGGAUAUAGUAGUCCGAAAAACAACCUAGGUGGAGAUGAUGGAAACUGUAUAGGACUCAGCAGAGUAAGCUAUACGGCACCAGGAUUCGGCAGGGACCAAUCAUCCAUCUGGAAUUCGCCCACCCCAGGAGGAGAGAUGAUUUUCGAAUGGACCAACCAAGAUGGGACGGUGGUACAACCCAAUUUCUACCUUAUGCCUGAGGCGGGUUUCCCAAAUAUUAGGGUCGCUGUUAAAGGGGAGGAUUGUGGCUGGCCUGAGAGUCAGAGAAUCAGACUGUUUUAUGGUGAUUUAUAA